AUGGACCAAAUAGGUGAUGUUGCCUGCUCGGAGAUGGGUACUGCCUUGGCCGUUCCAGAUUUCAGGACCGGGGGAUGGGUAUUGAAUGAAACCCUCCCCAUCGCUGUGGUAAACAAAAACCCACACAGAUCCCCAUCGUCCUUCCCCCAACUCGAAGUCACGGAUUUACGCCAGUGCUCACUCCACAACACCAAAAAAUCAACAGGUCGCACGAUGAAGUUACUUUGGCUGAAUGUUGCGAUCGUGUGUGCGUGUUUUCACGCCGAGGCUUGCCAACCCGGCCAGCAGAGAUUCGAAGGUUUUUGCUAUCAACUCCUGAACGAGAGUAUGACGUGGGACCAAGGUGAUGCUGCCUGCUUGGAGAUGGGCACUGCCUUGGUGAUUCCAGAGUCCAUGGAUGAACAAAACUUCAUCUAUAAAAUGUACGGAAAGAAGAAGGAUCUCUGGAUCGGAUGUAAUGACAAGGAGCAGGAAGGCAAGUGGGUGAAGUCUAGUGAAGAAGGAGAAUGCAACUUCCUCAACUGGGCACCAAAAGAACCAAAUGGGGGAGUUGGUUUCGAUUGUAUGCAACUGCGGCGUAGUUUCAAUCUUAUGGAUGACACUAAGUGCUGGUUUCGAAAGGGCGUCAUCUGUCAGAGUCUCGCUCCGCUUGCCGUGCCCACGAUGUCCUGCCUGCAACGCUACGCCGACGCCCGCUCCUCAUCCCACUGCCUCACCGGUCACGUUAUCAAGGAGUUCUCGGCCAAGGGUGUCAUCGCGUGCGGCUUGGCGUGCCUUGAUGAGCCUCGAUGCCGCUCCUUCAAUCUGCGACGAGGCGGCCCCGGAGAGAUGUUUUGUCAGUUGAAUAACAUCACCCGUGUUUCAGCCAUUCAUGAUUUCACCUGUAUCACCAAGCCCCGUAUUAAUAUCAGCAGUGAAGACACCUACAUUGCUGCCUAUCUACAUGGCGGUAACGCUACGCUGUCCUUCGCCCGAACAACCUACACGUACACAAGCGUUGAUAGGAUAGGCCUAUACAACCAGCUAGAGCUACCUUCAGGCCACCGUUUCAAACUACGUCCGUCAUCAGAGGAAGAUGAGAUCUCUAUUCUUCGAUUGCCAGCGGCUGGCGGAAAGACUAGGAUUGGAGCCUUUGCCUGUAGAGCCAGGAUGAUGGGAAGGGAAUACAUCAGCAUUGGCACGGUCAUCAUGAGCAAAAAUGCUGACUUCCUACCUACCCGAGUGAGUCAGACGGUAAACUCGGGCGAUGCAGUCGAUCUGACCGUCACUGUAACCGACCCAGCCCGUACCAACAUUCGAUGGAGAAAGAAUGGCGGUGAAGUCUUCCGGGACAAAAGCGACAGUCUUUACUUUGAUUUCAUCAGUGCCAGUGUCUCAGACACAGGGAUCUAUGAGGCACAAUUGGCAGGGGAACGUAACCGUGGAAACCAGGCACUCAUGCGGUUGAUUGUCAGAGCAUGUCAAAAGAAUAAAUGGAAUGCGCCCUCGUGCGACAGGGAUUGCCCCGUCUGUUUCAAUGGUGGUAUGUGUGACGACCGUAGUGGAGACUGCAUUUGCCCGCCUGGCUUCAGCGGCGAAUUCUGCAAAAGACCGAUAGACCCCAAUCGUUUUGGCCAAUCAGGAAGUUUUCGUUGCGACUCACCUGAGUUAGGAGGCGGUCCUACGUGUGCAGGGAUGCUGUUCUGUUUACCAGAUCCUUAUGGCUGCUCGUGUGCUGCAGGGUACCAAGGAAUCGAUUGCGAUGAACCAUGUGCUGAUGGUUUCUACGGUGCCGACUGUGCUCAGACAUGUCACUGCAUGGACGGGGUCGCGUGUAACGGAACUACGGGCGAGUGCCCCGGGGACUGCGCGCCAGUAUUCAAGGGCAUCAACUGCCAAAAACCCUGCACAAAUUACUCUCUGGCUGCUUUUCCUGACGAAAUCCAAUCCCUCACCCUGGAACCUUCAAGAAAUGACAUCCGGGUCACCUGGACAAGUACCAGGGAAGAGGUCAACCUUUGCCCUGCGCCCUCGUACCGGGUUAGUUACCAACUUCUCAACUUGGAGCAGUGCCAGCCACAGACCGACUCGGCCCCGAUACACGCAGCAGUUGUAAACAGCAGCGGCAUCGAGCUAACUUCGAUGCAUGCUUACUCUACGUACGGCGUGCGCGUGGAACCAGGGCAUCACCCUGGAGAAGAUUUUUCAGAAAGGAAGACGGUGACGACUGAUGAGAUAGUCCCAUUGGCUGCUCCUGAAGUUGACAGCGUUUCUUCGUCCAAUCAAAUCACUCGAGUGUCUUGGCAUCCGAUUCCCUGCGGCAAAAGAGGCGGUGACAUCACAGGCUACACGUACGAGCUGCGUGACGCAUCUGGGUCCAUGAUACAAAUAGCCGACACCACGGCAGAGUCUGUUGAAGUCGAUGGUCUGUCACAGGGGGCGUCCUACUCCUUCAGGCUGUGGGCGUCUACGCGGGUAGGACCUGGUCCCUGGAUAGAAUUCAGCAUGGUGAUAAUAAAAGUCGAUUCGGGAAGCAGCGUCGCUAAUACGGUUUUCAUUGGUGGUGUAGGAAUUGCCAUUGGCAUCAUACUUGCCACUGCUGUUGCCUUGUUGAUAGCUUUUGCCAGCCACUAUCGAAAACGCUCUCAGAAAGCUGAGAGGUCAGCAAGUAGCCCGAUGCCUGAGACACGUGCACAUGAUGAUGCCGAGGCCAUAUAUAUUGACAUACACGACGACAUCGAAUUGAAGAAGAUGUCAGCAGCACCAAGCCGUGGAUCAGCUACUGGGGCAUCCACUGUGCCGUCCAGGAAAUCAGCAACACGUGCGUCGGCACCUCGAGCAUCCACUAAACGUUCAACUACCAAGGCGACCAAAACGACUAAGAUGGCGGCCAGUCAGAGUGGUGCGCACCACUACGAAACCACAAUCAUUCUGUAACUCCACACAGUUGGGACUAAAUACAUUUUAGACAACAAAGAAACGUUUAUGCUUAUAUAUAAUUAUGCUGGGGAAAUACUACAAGUACCAUUAUGGAAGCAAGCACUAAAUUAAAAAGACCCAAGACCAUACUGUAACAUUAUUAUGGACUAUUACUCUUGUGGACGGCUGAGGGCGCUGUUUAGCCCUACCAAUCCGUAAAAAGAUAGCACGUGUGAGCAUGGGCGUCAUAGAAUAUUUUUGUUGCUUUAUAUUAUAACUAGUGGCAUGGAAAUACGUUGAUCCUGAAGACAAAUUUA